UUGAAAACAUUCUUGGCACGGUCAAAUUGUCCCCUGGAGAGCCUGAUUUUCGGCGCUUCGGAAGGGAUGACGACAGAUCAGUGGCGAGCAGAAUACAUUCCCCUUAUUCCUUCCCUUCGAGUCGAAGUACUAGUAGGAGUGGAUUCCAUGCAUCAUGGUUGACUUAUAAGUAUACUUGCGGUACGAAUGGCUUCACGGACUUGUAUCAGCUAUCUUACUGCGCAGAUAUCUUUCACGACUGCGGGACCAUUCUCGAGCUCUAUGAUACUUCAAGCUCUCCUACUACCGUAGUACCGUGGGAGUAGCGGAUAUCGAUAAGUAAAUAAUCUCCUCCGGAGUCCGAGCGACCUCCGAGUCGAACCUGGUUCGUCGCGUUAGCAAACAAUAUGCAGGCAGCCAAAGCGAUGACAGCCAACUCAAAUUUCUCCUCAGUUCCGGACAUUAUUGCUGCACUGCAGAACAUCCUCGCACAUUCACAAGUGACUAUUCCAGAUCUUGAAACCCCAUACUCCAAGUACCCCAAUACCAAUAAGUCCACCACUCACAGAGGCCCGAACCUCAUCAGCGCUCUCAUCAGCCGAGCGCCAGCAGCAGUUAGAUGCAGGUUUUGCACGAGAUCUCAGGGCCUGGAAACUGUGAUGGAUUCUAUAAAGAAUCUCCAUCAGCAGCUCGUCGAAAAGAAGGACAAGAUCACGCAGUCCAUGGAUUUGCACAAAGGACUCGUAUCGAGUCUAUGGUGCUUGCCAACUGAAGUCCUAUCCCAAAUCUUUGACCACUGUCUCCGGGAAGACAUCUCCGAGCUGUAUCCAGAUACUCUAGAAGCUCCCGUGCUGCUGACCGAAGUAUGCCGACGAUGGAGGGAGGUCGCUGUGGGUAUGCCCAGUUUAUGGUGCAGGUUGUAUGUGGAAGUCGACAACAAUGAUUGGCAGCGGGCAGCCUUUUGCUACGACUUAUGGCUCCAGCGAUCGCGAGGAUGUCCGCUCUCGUUAGAACUUAUGUGCUGCGCGAAUGACUCGCCCAAGCUACGAAGCCUUCUUCAGCCUUACAUGAAUCAAGUCACGUCUCUCAGUAUCCGUUUUUCCCAAGACGCGGACCAUGCUGAACUCGUGUUAAAAGACUUUCCAGUACUCCAGGAUUUGACCAUCCUAGUAAGGGUUAAUCUUGACAUAUCAUUCAUCGCACAACCUAUCUCGCAACUGCCGUCCACUGUGCGCACUCUCAAUCUCAUCGGGCCGUUCUUCGACAUCGAACGCUUAUCUUCUUUCAAUCCCGUAUGGGCCCACCUGACAAAUAUCGAGAUCAUCAUACGUUAUCCGAACGCAUUCCUCUACUUGCUUCAGCAAUGUCCCAACCUCUCCUCGUUAAAGGUUUGCACAUUAUUCGACAAAAUACCAACCCAAGAGCCAUUGAUACACAAGCAACUUCAAUCCUUAGACAUCAAUCUUAGCUCUUCGUCUCCAGGCAACCUAUUAGAUGCUCUAUCAUUCCCCAAGUUACGGGUACUUAAAGUCGGUCAUAAAGGAGCAUGGCCUCACGAGGAGUUCAAGGCAUUCUUGACACGGUCAAAGUGUCCCCUCGAGAGCCUGGUUUUAAAAAUGAUGGUCACAGAGCAGCAGCGUGCGGAAUAUGUUGACCUUAUUCCUUCCCUUGAGGUAGAUCCCAGAUGUACAUACUUUGCAUCACACUGAGUCGUUACACGUAACAUUUCGCGAAAUAAUGAUAUUGGACUGUAACAAGCACUGCAUGUCGAUACGGCACUACC